AUGGCCGGCAACAACAGCAUGGACGAGCACGAGCGCAAGGUCGUCGUCGAAUUUUGCCACCUGCUCGAGAAGAGCAAGCAGCUGUUCAACGGGCUGCGCGACCUGCCCCAGUACGGGCACAAACAGUGGCAGGCGUACUUUGGCCGCACCUUCGACAUUUACACCAAACUAUGGAAGUUCCAGCAACAGCACCGGUACUAUGCGCGAUUCAUCGUGGUCUGCCUGCUGUUGAACAAAAAAAAGUACGUGCGCGAGCUGGUGCAAGAACUCGACGCCCAAAUAGCCGAUUACAGCAGCACGUACGAGCCGGACGACCAGGUGGAGUGGAACCUGGUGCUGGACGAGAUCAAGGCCUUCGUCAAGGCAGAGUCGGCAGUCGGGGUACUCGACGCGGACACCAAUGCCCCGAUCGUGCUCACCCACCGGCUGGGUCCGCUCACGUCGCCACCGGUCGAGCGCUCGCCACCCAUGUGCCUAUCCCUGCAGGAGAUCCUCAUUAUCGGCAACCAAACCGAUCAGGUAAAAUUCAGCGAGCUGUCGAUGGACAUGUUCAGGAUGCUGCAGACCCUCGAGCGCGAGCCCCGGGAUGACCCGAACCACCUGCACGACGCCUCGCCGGCCGGCCGAAUGCCAUUUCGACCCGGCCCCUAUCCGAUGGAAAACGGGGCUCCGAGGCGCGACAAUCCACACAAGUAUUUGCUCUACAAGCCGACCUACAGUCAGAUCCUCGUUUUUCUCGCCAGUGGCUUCAAGGAACUACCCGCCAACGGGGCGCUUUUGCUUUACCUCUCGGCCGACGGCUGUUUCUCGUCCGUCAAACGGCCGGAGGAAAGUGAGUUUUACACCGCGGGUUACGACCUAGGCGGCGUGGCGACGUCAGCCAAGAACGAGCACGGCCCAGGCAAACGAGGAGCAGGUGGCGGUGGCAUCGCCGGUGGUGGCGGUAGCAUCGGCGGUCCCGGCAUCGGUCCAGUACCCGGUGGCAAGGACCACCACUGCAUCUACCCCGGGGAUCUGUAUCCCUUCACGCGCAAGCCCCUCUUCAUCGUCGUCGACUCGGACAACAGCUUCGUGUACCAGCAGAUACCGCGCUUCUUCGGCCAACCUCUGAUGGUACUGAUGUCGCCCCAGGACACGCCGGCCGGCUUGAGGGAGCUCAGGCACGCCGGCAGCCUAUUCACCUUGUUUUUACACUCGCCGCUAGCCGCCUUUUGCCUUAUAUGCAACGUAGCGAGUCUGCAGUUUCAUCACUGGGAGCGCUGCCAGCGUUACGUCGAGCAGUUCCUCGUCGAGGCCUGCCGGCUCGUCCUCAGAUCGAGAUGCGAAUCGAGCGUCAUCCAGUUCUUCGGGGACGACUUCCUGCGGCUGUUGCUGCUGCGCUACGUGUUCUGCGACGUGGUGCUCCACCUGCACCGCUCGUUCCGGGGCAGACAACAGAGGCCCCGUUGCCACCCACCUCUGCCCGAAGCCGACGUCCUCGAGCACCCGAGCCUCCACCACUUGGUCCUCGAUCUCGCGAGUUGCCUCGACGCGCGCGACCACUUCCCCGACAGCAACGAGCUCGCCUGACCCCGGCGUCUGCCGGCUUCGGUCGACUUUGCGGACCAGCACUGGGAUCAACAGCAGCAUCGCUCGACGCCCAAGCAGUCGCAUCAUUACGGCUCGUCAUCGACGCGGGCAGAUUACGACUACGACUACUCGGGCUCCGGCUACAAUUACAGCAACAACAAGAUGCCCGGUGUUCGGCAGCACUGAGAGCUGCACUGCGACCUCUCGACCGAGUCUGCAGCAAUGGGGGGAAAAAAACAAUAUCAAGUAUCAUUAUGUAUUACAUCAUAUAAGUUAUACCGUUGCCGUGCGCGCACAUUUAUUAUAUUGUAUACUCAUAUCAUACGUACGGACACAUUACCAUAAUGUUAUUGUACACUUACACAAUACCACAAACACGUACACCACGAAACUACUCUAUCUCUAUCGAUCGUCCAUGUGAUCCCUCUCUUGCCGCACCGAGCCAUGCACAGGUGAACAAGGGGUCGUUAUCUAUGGUUGUUCGCUAUGAUUCGUCCUUUUUACGUUGACGCAAUGUGUAUAUUUCUUUUUUUUUUUUUUUUUUCCUCUGAAUGACUACUGCGAAUUCUUGGGUGCUGCGGUAAACAAUUGUUUUUUUGUCUAUGUAAGGCAGCGAGGCUCUCGAGUUUGACCGAGCUGGCUGUGAUUGGGGUUUCUCAGUCACCUCAUUUUUCUAGUCACUUGAAGGUAUUUUAAAGAUAAUUAUUGUAAAUACGUAGUUCGAGUGGACUUGUAUUAGUGAUGUGUUUCACGGAUAAAAAUUAUUGUUGUUACGCAAGAAUUUGCAGUGGACGAGUUUGCCUUUCCUUUGCUAAUAGGAAUCAAGUAUACUGCUUACACGUGUAUUCGCAACAAUCGUAGAGCAUCACAAUUGGGUAUUUGCGAAAAAUUUUGAUUUUGGCGUUCGUAGGUUUAAGCCAGAUGAUAUAGAUUUUUAUCCUUAAGAAACAUGUUGCAGUUCACGUACGUUCGAAACAAUAAAAUAUUUCAAAUAUAUUAUUACACACGAUUCUUUCGUUUAAUAUGGUACUCUUGAACGUAGAAGUAAAUCCGUUAAUCGUGUUACGCAUCUCUAAAACAUAGUGUUAGGACAUUUGUGAAAUCUACAUUUUUUUAAAUUUUAUUUUAAUAUCUUGAAAGAAAUGUAUAUUUUCUGUACUGAUACGUAAACGUAACGAAGA